UCUAUUAAAAGAGAAGUCACAACUUCUUUUCAUGUGUGAUUUUUUAAAUAUUGGACUUAUUGGACCUAUUACUAGAAUGUCAUAUAACAUAACCAUCUUACCCUUUCGAUCUUUUAAUGAAAUUAUCUUGACUCACGUAAUAAUAGGGAGAUCCACCUACCGUUCGUUUUAUAGUAGAUCCACCUGUAAAUAUAUAUAAGCAAAAUAUCUCAAAAUUAACUUGACUCGCGUAAUAAUGGGGAGAUCCACCAUAAGUUCGUGAGUCAGUAGAUCCACCUAUAAAUAUAUAGAAGCAAAAUAUCUCAACAUCCAAUAUCCUAACGAUAUGUAUCAAACACAUUUGUUAGAUUUCCUUAAAUUGCUGUUGCCGUUAACUACUCAACAAAUCUACUAUAUUUUCUAUAACAACUAAUACAUAGAAUCUAUUCUAUUUAGUGUAGAUUAGUUUAAGAUUUCACAGAAUAUACUCUCUAUUUAACCAUCUAUAAAUAACUACGUGAUGUUUCAUACUUCGACAUCACCUUCACUUUUCUGCAAAAAUGUCAACUAAUAAGAGUGUUUCUUUGCUUAAGGCCGUCAAGCCAUACAAACAAAGGUGGCGUAUUCAAGUUAGGUUGAUUCAUUCGUGGAGACAGAAAACCAUAUAUGGAGGAGAUAGUCUUGAGAUGAUCUUCGCUGAUGUGACUGUGAGAUUAUUUGUGGUUAUUUGUUUUUUUUUUUGUAAUCAUAUCCAUAUAUGUACUAAGAGUAUCAUCUAUUUUUUUUGUUUCAGGGUGAUAAAAUCCACUGUUCGUGCAAGAGGACUUACAUUCAACGUACGCAACGUGACCUGCGUCUUGGUGAAUGGCAUAUGAUAGAUGUAUUUUCGUUGUCUAAUGCAACGGGACAGUAUCGUACAACGAACCAUACAUACAAGAUGUCCAUCAUUGAGGACACAAAAAUAUCUAAAAGUUCCUAUGUGUGUGAUGAUAAGUUCUUCCGUUUUGCCGAUUUUGAAGAGAUUGGAAAUGGAACCCUCAAAACUCAUUUUCUAAUUGGUUAGUGUAUCAAUCAUAUUUUGUUGUAUUAUUUAAGGUGAUUGAAGUUAAUUUUGUUUAGUAUGUUAUUUUUUCAGAUGUCAUUGGUCAAGUGACCAGUCUUCGUGACAUUCAAACUGUCCAAGUUUCUGGCAAGGAUAAGAAGAAAGUUGAAUUCCGUUUACUGGACAGCAUGUGAGUUAAUAUAACAAAUUGAUAUCUACACUCUUUAUAUAAUAUAUGAUUGCUUAUGGAUUGAAUGACUUAUUAUUUCAGUGGUCAGAGCAUUGCCUGUUGUUUGUGGGGAAAGUAUGCUGAACAGCUUGAUGAUCAUCGCCAACAAACAAAAGAUCCUAAUAUGGUGUGCUUGAUCCGGUUUGCGAAAAUUGGGUUUUACAGAGGUUUGAACAACCAUAACAGAAAGCUUUGGAUUUAAUUUUAAUAAAAAUAAUGUACUUAAUUAAUGUUUUUCUUCUUCUCUCGUGCUUUUGUUUUAUAGGAGAAGUUCAAGUAACCAAUGCAUUUGAUGCAUCACUAAUCCUUUUCAAUCCCGAGUUACCCGAAACUCUUGGUUUAACAAACGUGUAUGAUUCUAACUACUAUAUUUAUAUUGUUCUUAUACUAUAAGACUUUGACCCUUUUAUUUUUAUACAUGCUAUUUUAUUUUCAAAAGGGAACAUAAUGAGCUUGCUCUCGCUCUUAUUGAUCCAAAGAAAGAGAAGCGUGUGACCAGAUACCAAGCUGAGGAUUGGAAUGAUGUGGAUAUUAAAUCUAUCUCUGAGAUCAACAUGGCAACAAUGGUUUUGUUCUUAUAUUUUGAUGAACAUUUAAUUUACCAUCAUGUUUAUGUUUUCAAUAAUAUCUGAUUCUGCUUUGUUUGCAUGUUUAGGAAGAGGAUUGCAAAAUCAUCUGCUCAAUCGAAUCUAUAGAUACAGAUUGGAGCUGGUUUUACCAAGGCCAUGACAGUUGUAAGAAACGUGCAAUACUAAUCAAAUCAAAGAGUGGAAAUUUGGCUUCAAAUGAGAAACCAGUUUUCUGGUGCACAAAUUGUCGUACUAAUGUCACCGUUGUAUCUCCAAAGUGAGUUUUUAUGCUUUUAGAUUACCUAUGUCUUAUUUGUUUUUUUUUUUAAUUUUACAUUUAACUGCUAUGUUUUUUGGUUUUAAACAGAUUCAAAUUGCAUCUGGUUGUCAAAGAUGACACAAGUACUUGCAAACUGAUGAUCCUUGAUACAAUUGGUAAAGUCAUUGUCGGAUGUGAAGCAGUAGAGCUUUGGGAUGGUUCCUAUGAUGAGGUUACUAUAGAUAGAUUUUUAUUAAGUUUAUUUACUAAUACUUGAUUUACUACAUCAAUGACGUUUGCUUUGAAAUAUUGAAAAUGCAGAUUGAAGAUCCUGAUGUCUUACCACAACCUAUUAAAGAUUUGGUUGGGUUAUCAUUUUGUUUUGGUGUUACUCUUGGCUCUGAGAAUGUUUCCGGUGGAUCAGAAAUCUUUUUGGUUUCACAAGUUUUGUCUGGAGACAAGCUUCUCCAAAUCGAGACAAAUUCUGAACCCAUAACUCAUGUUACAGAUGGUUCAUCAAUCAUGUCUGGUGGAGAGGUAUGUUUUAAGAAUACAAUGGAUGUGACUAUAUGGUUUGUGCUCCUUAUAUAUUGUUUAGUGUGAUUAGCUUUAUAUAAACGUUUUUCGUUGUUUGUUGACCUUAUGAUUAGGUGUCUGCACCAGAAAAAAACAGUCAGAGUUCAGAAGAAGGUUCCUCAACCCCGUUCUCAAAGCGCAAAGAAAAAGAUCAACUUGAGCAGACUUCAACUUCCAAAAAAAUUUGUACCAAGGCUAUCAAGAUGGAGAAGAUUAAAGAUGAUUAGCUGGAAUUAGAAGGUUUCAUGCGAGAUUGAUGAGUUUUUCAUUAUUUUUAUGCUUUUUUAAAAUUCUUCUUCUGGUUUGUUUUUAAUAAUGUCUGUUGUUUUAUAAAACAGACUAUUUAUUUUCUUUGCUCGAACUUAAUAUUUAUGGGUUUUAAUUGGCAUAAUAAAUUUAUUUACUAUCCUUAAAAAUACUAUCAUUAACCAAUGCAAACAAUGACUGAGACUGCUUCAAAAGAACUUCCAUUCUUAUCUAGCCGAACAACUUAAUUGUACUAGCAAACUAUAAGUUGGAAAGCAGUGACUUACUGGUGUUUUGAUGGUUUGACGGCCAGUGUCUGAGCGCUGUCAGAGCUAAGGAGAAUCAAAGUUCUUGAUAUCAUUCCUGAAACCAAAAAAAUGAUUGUAUGGAUUUCAGUGAUACGUUUUUAUACUAUAUACAUCAAUCAAAAUACUUUCACAAAUCAAAAAAGGAUACCGGAACAAAGGAAAGCUCAUCUAGCUUUAAAUUAAAAAAAUAUAUACAUAUCGGAUAUUUAAUUUUUAUUUACAUAUCUUAAAACUAUAAUCUUCCAUUUCUAACAAGAUUUUCACGGUUUUAGCAACUAGAUAAUAUUAUAUUUUAGCAACUAAAUAAUAUACCAUCCAAGCUAAAAAAACUCAUUUUCUCUAAACUCUGUUAUCAAUUUUCACACUCCUGUACCAUUGUGUAACUUAAGAGUCUGCAAGGAGCAUAAAUAUUUCUCAUAACUUCUACAUCUAAUCAGGUACAUUUACCAUCACGAAACUGAUUUCACAUUCAAAACGUGUUUUGUAUAUAGGUUUUGGUUUUCAACAAACAUUAUUGCAGGCACAAUGAAAAGGAAAAAAAGUGAUCCGCCAAUUCAAAAGGUGGAUUCAACACUACAAACAGAGAGUAAAACUAGACAAAAACAGAACAGUGGGAAUUGGAUGCAAGUCGACAGAAAUCUUAACAGAAAAUCAGUUAGAAGUGCGGAUGUCCCACUGUCUUCUAUUUUUAAGAGACUGUUUCAUGAUGUCGUAUACAUGCCUACUGAUGCUGUUCCACCUAGCAAUCAAGGGAAACUACUCACUCCAUGUACACCAGGAAACAUGAGCAAAUGCUUUAAAAGUAUGGUUCAAUAUAUUUACUUCUAAUGACAUUGUUUUGUGUGACCCCUGUUCAUUUUACUUAAACCAAAACUAUAUGUUUUAAAUCAGUAGGUGUGGACAGUGGGACUGGCCAACUUAUAACACGGAAGUUUACAGAGAAGUUGUAUCACAUCUUUAGCAUGUAAGUAUAAACCAGUACUGAAUAUAGUAUCAAUCGCAUAUAUUGAACGAUUGUGACAAAACUGAUUUUUUGAUCCUAUUACUGUGCUAGACACAUCUGGCAUCAGAAAGAGACCACCAAUGGGCUUACCAGACAACACUGAUAAAAAGAGUUUUAUGGAUCGUCUUGAUGAAGAUUUGAAUAGUGAUACAUUUCUUGAGCAAAUGAGUGGUGAUGAAAGUGAAGAGGAUGGGAAUGCAAUAGCAACAGAAUCUGACUUUGAAGGUUAUAUUUUAGCGAGAUUUGUCUAUGUAUAUGCGAUCUAUGAGUUUGGCAAUAUGUAACUGUAUUAACAUUUUUAUUUUUUAACAUUAUGUAGAUAUAUUUGAUGAGAGUUUUCAACCAGACUUUGAGUGUAGUUCACAAGAAAACACUGAUUCUGAAUCGGAACCAGAAAUAGAAGUUGUUGACUUAACCGUUGACACUGAGCCAGAUACCGUGCUUAACACUAACAGAGUUAAAUCUUUGGCAGCACUUUUCGAAGAAGCAUUUCGUGCUACAGAAAAGCCAGCUAAAAAAGCUUUACCAAAAGAAGAUGGUAAUAAACACCAAGAUACUAAAAUCACAUAUAUAGUAUUACAAUUCUCACUAACUAUUUUUAAAAAUCUACAGCUUAUAUAGAUGAAGGGGAUGCAACUUACACAUGUACUUACUGUGGCGCUAUUAUGUGGUUGGUGAACGCUUAAAUAGGCGUCUUAAAACCAAAAAUCCUAAGUUUUCUCUCUGUUGUAUGAAAGGACAAGUGCAGUUGCCAUUACUAAAACAACCACCUGAAGUUCUUAAAACUUUGCUGAAUGGAGAUGAUAAAUUAAGCAAGCAUUUUCAGAGAAACACAAGAGCUUACAACAUGGUGUUCUCAUUCACUUCACUUGGUGGAAAAAUUGAUAGAUCUGUUCGAAAGGGAAAAGGUCCUAACAUGUUGGUCCUCCAAGGUGAGAACUACCAUUUAAUUGGUAGUUUACAACCACAUAAUGGAAAUGAUGCUAAGUUUGGACAGCUUUAUAUCGUUGACACUGAAAAUGAAGCAGAAAAUAGAACAAAGGCGUUGAGGUAAUUAAGCCUGACUUUUUUUUAUGUUUAUAAUUAUAAGAAUAGAUGUUUACUGUGACUAUUAAUUUUACCCGUUUUAUGUGUUAUUUUUUACAGCAAAGGGAGGCAAUCAAAAGCUUAUAAAAAAAGUGAUGGACUUAAGAAAGAGAUCAUCGACCUUCUGAUUAAGAUGCUGAAUGAGACCAACCCUUACGUUAAGCAGUUCAGAUCAGCAAAAGAUCGUUUCACCAUCAAUCCUAAAGACUCUUUUCAUAUGAGGAUAGUCAGUGAUAGAGCAAAGGAUGGAAGAACAUAUGACACACCGACAGCAUCAGAAGUCGCUGCACUGAUUCCUGGAGAUUUUAAUCUGGACAUGGAUAAAAGAGAUAUUGUUCUUCAACAGAAAUCAGGCAAGUUGCUAAGGAUCGAUGAAAUACAUGCUUCAUAUCUUGCACUUCAGUAUCCUCUUUUAUUCGUACAUGGAGAGGAUGGUUUCAGACUUGGGAUAAAGAAAGGUGUUACUAAAGCUACAGAGAAACUGAAAAAGGAAAAUAUCAGCAUGAGGCAGUUCUUUGCGUUUCGUUUGCAUGAACGUAAGAAUGAGGCUCAUACUAUCCUAAAUUCAGGAAGGUUGUUUCAGCAGUUUGUUGUGGAUGCCUACACAACUAUAGAAUCCAAUCGCCUACGCUAUCUGAGGACUCACCAGACGACUUUGCGUUCUGACAGUUAUGACUCUAUCAAGCAGUCAGAAAAUGCUGGCAGGAUUGAUAUGGCCGAGCAAGGAUCUUCGUUUCUCUUACCAGCUACGUUCACUGGUGGCCCUAGAUAUAUGAAAAACCUCUAUCUUGAUGCAAUGACUAUAUGUAAGCAUUUUGGUUUUCCGGAUCUUUUCAUCACUUUUACAUGCAAUCCUAAAUGGCCAGAGAUCACAAGACAUCUUAAGAGCCGAAAGUUAAAGGCAGAGGACCGAUCAGACAUCAUUUGCAGGAUGUUCAAAAUGAAACUGGAUUCAUUGAUGGAUGAUUUAACUAAGAAGAAUAUCCUUGGCAAAACUGUAUCAUCUAUGUACACGAUUGAGUUUCAGAAACGUGGUCUACCACAUGCUCACAUUCUCUUAUUUAUGCAUCCUACGGCCAAGUUCCCCACAACAGAUGAUAUUGACAAGAUCAUUUCAGCUGAGAUUCCUGAUAAGUCUCAAGAACCAGAGUUGCACGAUAUCGUAAAGGAUAUGAUGAUUCAUGGACCAUGUGGAGCUGCUAAUAUGAAAUCUCCUUGCAUGGAAAAUGGGAAAUGUUCGAAGCUCUACCCGAAAUCAUUUGCUGAUAAUACAACGGUGAGUAAGGAAGGAUUUCCGAUUUACCGUAGAAGAGAAGAUACAGAUCGUUAUGUAGAGAAGAAUGGGGUGAAAUGUGACAACAGAUUUGUUAUUCCUUAUAACAAAAAACUAUCUCUACGUUAUCGAGCUCAUAUUAAUGUAGAGUGGUGCAACCAGGCUGGUUCUAUAAAGUACUUAUUUAAGUACAUUAAUAAAGGAAGUGAUCGUGUGACAGUAGCUGUAGAACCACCAGAUCACAUGGUUGCAGAGGCGCUUGGUAUUCCAGAAGGAGAAGUGGACCAAAACAAAAGGAAUGAAUUCAAAGAGUUCUUUGAUUGCAGAUAUGUUUCUUCGUCUGAAGGAUCAUGGAGAAUUUUUAAGUUCCCUAUUCAUUAUAGGUCUACUGCAGUUGAAAAGCUUAAUUUCCAUCUACCAGGCAAACAAACCAUUAUUUUCAAAAAAAAAGACAAACUGGAAGCAGUCAUUAGUCGUAAACUCAUUGAGAAUACUAUGUUCUUAGCAUGGUUUGAGUUGUGCAAAGUUGAUGAUCUGGCUAAAACUCUCACCUAUGCUCAGAUUCCUAACUUCUUUACAUAUUUAAAGAGGCAGAAGAAGUUCAUAAGACGGAAAAGGGGAUUCAGUGUCGGCCGAAUCAACUAUGCUCCACGCAAUCAAGAACAUGCUUAUUAUCUCCGUGUGCUGUUAAACUAUGUGAGAGGUCCUACGAGUUAUGAUGACAUCAAAACAUUUGAAGGUGUUGUUUAUCCAACCUACAAAGAUGCAUGUUAUGCUCGAGGAUUGUUAGAUGAUGAUCAAGAGUACAUUGAUGAUAUUCUGAGGAGAAGCUAUGAAAGCACAGGAGCUGAACUAAGACAGUUGUUUGUUAUGAUGCUCAUGAACAACAGUUUAUCUGGGCCAGAGGAUGUUUGGGAGAAGACUUGGGAAUGUCUUUCAGAUGAUAUUGAGCAUCACAGGCGUAAAACUUUCAAUAGGCCAGGUAUUUUUACUUCACUAUUUUCACGACUAUUGUUAAGUGACCAUGAGAAAAAGAAAUUCGCUUUGCUGGAGAUUGAAAAGAUUUUGAAGCGUUGUGGGACUUCUUUGGCAAAAUAUCCUUCUAUGCCACAGGUAGCAAAGACACAUAGUAAGGAUUCAAAUGUGUUGAUAUUAGACGAGAGAAGCUAUGAUCGUGAGGCUUUGUUAGAAACUCUGGAUAGAGAUGUUCCAAAGAUGACUUCAGAGCAGAGAAAAAUAUAUGAUGAAAUCCUAGAUGCUGUUAACGAGGAAAGAGGUGGAAUGUUUUUUGUGUCUGGAUUUGGUGGCACUGGAAAAACGUUUCUCUGGAAAUUACUAUCUGCAGCCAUUAGAUCACGAGGAGAUAUUGCUCUUAAUGUUGCAUCGAGUGGGAUUGCUUCUUUGUUGUUACAAGGUGGUAGGACUGCUCAUUCAAGGUUUGGCAUACCACUUAAUCCAGAUGAGUUUUCUUCGUGUACUAUGGCUCAUGGAUCAGAUCAAGCUAAUUUGGUGAAAGAGGCAUCAUUGAUUAUAUGGGAUGAAGCUCCCAUGAUGAGUAGGUAUUGUUUUGAAGCAUUAGAUAGAAGCUUAUCUGAUAUUAUUGGGAAGCAGAGCGACAAGCCAUUUGGUGGAAAGGUUGUAGUUUUUGGAGGCGAUUUCAGACAAGUGCUCCCAGUAAUAAAUGGAGGAAGUAGAGCUGCAAUCGUGUUGGCUUCUAUGAAUUCUUCGUAUCUGUGGGAGCAUUGUAAAGUGCUGAAAUUAACUAAGAACAUGCGAUUAUCAUCUGGUGGUUUGUCAGCUGAAGAGUUGAAUGAUCUUAAGGAAUUCUCUGAAUGGAUCUUAAAGGUUGGUGAUGGUACACUUGGAGAGCCUAACGAUGGAAUAGCUGAGAUCGAGAUCCCCUCCGAAUUUUUGAUUACUGAUUCUGAUGAACCAAUAGAGGCCAUUAGCAAAGCAGUGUAUGGAGAUCCUUCUUCAUUAAAAGGAAACAAAGAAGCUAAAUUUUUCCAAGAGAGAGCUAUUUUGUGUCCAACUAAUGAGGAUGUUAACAUGAUCAAUGAUUACAUGUUGGAUAAGCUGGAUGGUGAGGAAAUGAUUUAUCUAAGUGCAGAUAGUAUUGAUCCUACUGAUACAAAAGCAGUGAAUGAUGAAGCACUUGACUCAGAUUUUCUAAACAAUAUUAAAGUGUCUGGAUUACCGAAUCAUAGACUUCGCCUGAAAGUUGGUUGCCCAGUUAUGGUUCUCAGGAAUGUUGAUCCUCCAGAAGGGUUAAUGAAUGGAACAAGGCUACAGAUUACUCAGCUGAUGGAAUUUAUGGUUGCCGCUAAGAUUAUCACUGGAUCUAAUGUUGGGAAGACAGUAUAUAUUCCUAGAUUAUUGAUUACACCAUCUGAUACGAGAAUGCCUUUCAAAAUGCGCCGAAGGCAAUUGCCUUUAUCUGUUGCUUUUGCUAUAACCAUAAACAAAAGUCAAGGACAGUCUCUCUCAGAAGUUGGACUCUUCCUACCCAGACCUGUGUUUUCACACGGACAGCUCUACGUAGCUAUUUCUAGGGUCACAUCCAAGAAAGGAUUGAAAAUUCUUAUUGUGGACAAAGAUGGAAAACCUCAGCAUAAGACCGUCAAUGUUGUUUUCAAAGAGGUUUUCAAUAAUAUAUAAGCCAAUGAGUGUUUGGUGAGGUAUGUGAUUAAGCUCUCCAUCAUUUACUGUUUAUUACUCUACUGGAGAUCAUAUUUUUAAAAUCUCUUUGAAACGUGAUGUGUUUUUCAGAUUUUGGAACUUCAUGAGAAGAGAGGAGGAAGUUCUUUAUCGUACUUGAAUUUCUGGACAAGCUGUUUUCGAUUUAUUUUCUGAAGCAUGUUGUUGUUUUUGAUAUAACUUAUCGUUUUUCUAUUUUUUUCUAGAUGUUAAAACUAUAGCAAAGAAAUAAAGACAAUUAAACCUAGAUAUGCAACAUACAAUCAACUCACAGCCAAAACAAUAAACCGAUGAAACUAUACUACAUUAAACCAAUGAAAACAAUUAUCUAGGAUUCCUUUCUAAAUUUUCCUUCUUAUCUAACCAAACCACUUAGAUUUUCUAGCAAACGUUAAAUGGUUCUCAAAAAUUUACCUGACUUAUCGAAUAGUGAGAGUCAAAUGGAUGAGUUUGGCGGGAGUCUUUGGCUUUCCUUGGAGCCUCUUUACGAUCAUCCUCACAAUUUUUCAUCCAUGGCAUGCCUGCCGCGAGUCAGAUUGGAUUCAUCUUGGUUAGCUGGGCUUAUCAUUCCUCACGAUCUUCCUCACAAUAUAAUUCCUUGGCUUUCCUUGGAGCCUGUUUGUAAUUUAAAACUGUUAAGAGAAUAAAUUUUGAAGUCAAUCAUUGAACUUUGUAACUAAUUUAUAGAUGAUACAUAACUUACCUAUACUGUUUGAGAUGCCUAACCCAUGUACGAGCUCUGUUUCUUGAUCUCAAGAUCAUUCAACAGCUCCCCUGCAGAGAUCUUCCAUAUCAGUCAUCUUCAAGCUGAUUCUCUGCAGAGAUUACAAAAACAGAGCUUAAGAAACCAUAACACUCUCAAUAAGUCAAUUUUUAUACUUUACCUGCACUUAUAGUGAAUGGAGUUAGGCGUCUUUAAUGAUUUUUGGUUGUGGUAAGCUCCAUUACCAUUUCUUCAGGUAUCCAUCAGAUUAAACUUUACUGCGAGCAAAUAAAAGAGCAUUUAGUUGUCCAUCAAACUAUCAGUAACUGUCAAACGUCAUGUUCUUUGGCACUAACUAACACAAAACUAAAAAAAUGAACAUAAUAUUGUCCUAUGGUUAAGGUCCUUUGUCAUUGAGUCUGGUUUCUUUGUCAGACGUUGAUAAAAACACCUAUGAUUAAGUUCCUUUUUGUCAUUGAUAUCAGUUUGAUGGACUAGAUGUAUAUUAGUCAAGCUCAAUCGAGAAUUGUUCAAAUUCUUUUGACCAGAGUUUCCGUAACGCAAGUGUUCAAUAUAUACAAUUUGAUUCUAAACUCAUCAGAUCACAGGAAAAAAAAACGAAUUGAAAAAGAAUUCACAGGGUAAUAGAAACUGAUCUUAUUUAUUCAUAUUAUAAAGGAAUAGGAGUUUCAAAAAGAAAAUAAUUCACCUCUGUUUUCAGGUACUGAUCGGAAUUGCAUAUUAAAUUAUAUUAGGGUAGAGCUCCAUCAGAGCUCCAUAUAUUCUUCCGCUGAGAUUUUCAUAUCUCCUUCGAAACAGUACAGAUCUCCGUCUACACAUAUUUGAUAGAUAAAAUCAAUUGAAAAAUAAACAGAGGUGAACUAAAAUAACCAAAACUAAAACUGUUAUAAAUAGACAUGCUUACUUGAUCUUGGUCGGGAGUCAAGAGAGGAUGGUGUCUGAGAGACGGAUUUAGUCGAUCAAAUAGCUUGAGGAUCGUACUUAGGAUCGUGUCUAGGUUAAAGAGAAGACAUAAACCAAACAAAAUGGUUAGGUAGACAGACACCUUUUUUUCCCGGAGAAAAAUCUGUUAACGAUCAUUUUGGGCUUACAAAACAUUAAUCUCACUUUGGACUUUGAAUAAUUGAAUUUAAAGAAUACUUGACCCAUUAGAUUAAUAUUUUAAAGACUACUUGACCCAUAUGUAUAAUAUUUAACUCUUUACAAUCUUAACUUUUAAAAUUAGAUAAUUCAUUAAAAAUAUAAUUAAAUGAAUAAUUAUAUUCUUUAUAAAAUCUAUACAUGAAGCUUUAAGUUUAAUUUUUGCUAAGUUUCUUAUUUUGUGAAAAGUUUGAUUAUAUUUUGAGAUAAUAAUAUUUUAAUAUUUUCCAAAUUUUAUUUCUAUUUUUUAUUCAAUAAUGAAAUACUAAUCCAUCAAACAAAAUAUAAUAUAUAAGAACAAACAAACACAUGUGAAUUUUGAAACAAUCUAUUUGAUGGAUAACAAGUAUACUCGAUAAUAUAUGAAUGUAAAAAUUAAAUUAUAAAACUUUUUAAAUUUGUAAAAUAUUACAAUAUCUUUCGAAGUAACAAUAAAACAAUAUUUACCAAUCUUUAUAUAAAAUUAAGAGUUCAAUAAUGAAAUAACAAUCCAAAAAACAUAAUAAAAAACUGACGUAUGUGAAAGUUUAAAAUAACCUAUUCAAUAAAAACAUAUAUGGUUAAAUUAUUAUAU